AUGGAGAAGCUAUCGAUCUUCGACGUCCCCCUUCUCAAGGAUGAGGUCACUCAGUAUCUCUCCAAUCGCGACCUGGCGCAUUGCUCCUGCGUUUCCAAAAAGUGGUCCACCUGGUUUAUGCCCACUCUCUGGCGUACCCUCGACUUUGGGUCCUCGGAUUUCAAUGAAUGUACUCUGCAAAAGCACCACGAUCACGUCAAGACAAUCCUCCGCCUGAGUAUCGCUCGCCUGGCCAUUGACGACUUUCUACUCUCCAAUCUCUGGUCCUUGGAGGUGUUCUCUCCGCGGCAUGUCUCUGGCGGUUAUUCAAUCCUAAUGGAGAUGUCUAGUUUACGCUUGUUCUUGGGAACUACUCCGACUGUUCUACGAACACUGAAGCUCGAACUCUGGCUCAUCGAUCUAAGCGUUCGUAAACAGCUUCUCAAGGUGCUACAACGACUUCCACAGUUGGAAGAACUUGACCUCACUUCUCGUCGAUUCCUCUACCCGCUUUUUAUACUGCAACUUUUCCAGGCCUGCAGCAACCUCGAUUCAUUGAUUCUACGCGUCAGAUCCUGCCAUACUAUACUAUAUGAAGACGAGUAUCUCCCUGAAGCUCUGAGAAAACAGGACGAGUCCACCAACCGUGACAUGGAGCAGAUGCCAGAGACCCAACUGCGAGAGCUGGGGCUUUACGUACCGUCUUUUGGGCACGAGCUCGCCAUCCUGCCUCUGCUCCUAGCACAAUGUCCACACUUGCAAGUCUUUCGACUGGGUGAUCUGAAGAUCAUGGGAGAUCUGAAGACCAAAGAAAUACUGGAACAGAUCGUAUCUGUAUUUGAAGACGACAAGUGUCCAAAAUUGCGGGACCUUGAACUAGACGGUGUUCUAGGCAAGGAUACCGAAGAACUGAACACAAGGUUUAUACGCUCGCUCGGACGAGAAAGCGGCGAUGACUCCCUCAACAGCAACGCAGGCGACGUGGAGAGACAAUGUGGGCUCGGGUCCAUAACAGCCAAGGGUACUACGGCCCUAAAAACAUUUGUGAUGGCCCUUACGCAACAUCAAGCCACUACAUUGACGUUCAUGUACAUCAUCCACUGCCGCAACACUCGGCUGACAGACUUUUCACAGAACGGUCGUACUCCGGAAGAGGAUCUGGCGCUUCACAAAGGGGACGUACCCGCACGCAAAGAGUUCACCCUUUACGUUCAAUUAUCCAUGUCCGCAGCUAAUUCCAUCGACGCACUUCGUGAGCAGCUGGCUCAAAUGACCGAACAGCUGGCUCGCCUUCAAGAACGCAACACCACUGACAGAGAUCCUCAGAUCAAGAAUCAACGCCCCAGCACUGUCUUUUAUCCUUCCGAAGCCGAGGCCCGUCGGUACCCUCCAAUCAAGCCUAAUGACCCCUUCUUCCUCUUCAAGCACAAUAUCUCUGAUGAGGAGCUCUGGGAGCUGUUCCGAGCGUACCCCAAGAACCAUGCCGUGGGCUCUUCAGCCCAAAAGGCCCACGAUACCCAGCUUCGCAUGAUCCAGAAACGGAUCGCUCACCUCACACGUUCAGUGGAUCUCUUCCUGCACAAAAUUUGGCCCUUGGAAGGCAAGGAGCACCUCGACGCCGAGGAAAUGGUGGAACUGUGCUCUACGUUUGCCAUCCUCAUUCGCGACCAACUGGCAGCGGUUGGAGGCAGGAUCACUGCCAUGCGCAUGGACAACCUCCGACCCACCCAAGGACGAGAUCAAAUUCAUCAAGACUCUCACGAACGCACUCAAGCCCGGCAAGAGUUUUCAACAACAGCAACACCGACCCGACACUCCGACGGACAAUAG